CACUUAAAAACCGGCCUUCGGUCAGUGACAUUUGGGGUUUAAAUGAAAUUUUCUCUCCAACAAACCCCUGCAGCACUGGCAAGUGCGCCACCACCACCGCCGCCGUCGUCUGGAAUAUCAUCUCAUACCAUUCACUGGAUAUCAUUAUCCCAACAGUGAAAACCUAAACCCAUUUUUCAAAGAAAAAGAUGCGCAGUACGUAGCAUUAUGUGUGUCGUUAUUUGCUAAUAGUAAAAGUAAUGCGGAACUACUUUUCUCUCUCUCGCUUUUGCCAUCAUUGGUAUGAUCGGAAGCGCCAACGUUACUCCGCCUUUUGCUCCCAAAUUCAUUCUCCGUUUUCUUCGCCGGAACAGGAACCGGAACCGGAACCCGAACCCGAACCCGAGCCGGAGAAAUUCAAUUCUUCAAAAUGGAAUGAAUUCAAUUUUUGUUCUAAUAAAUAUCAAUAUAAUCUCUGUCCUCAUCGAUUUAGUCAAGCUCAGGGAUUUAUCUCAUCUCCUGUUUUAAUUCGGAACUUUGCUGCGGCUAAUUCUUUGUGUAGAGUUAUUCCAGUUUCUAAUUUCUUUGCACUCAAUUCUAGUUCCCACCAGUUCUCCCUUGCUCGAGGAUUUUUCACUAGAGCUAAAAAAAUUAAGAAGAUUGAAGUGGUCGAUCAUGGCCAACGAGCAGUUACAACAGCAUUGUGUUGCAAUUUUCUUGUGUUUUCUCUCAAGUUUGGGGUCUGGUUAUCCACCUCGAGCCAUGUCAUGUUGGCUGAAGUUGUGCAUUCAGUUGCAGAUUUUGCAAAUCAGGCACUUCUUGCAUAUGGUUUAAGUAGUUCACGCCGUGCCCCAGAUGCUCUCCACCCAUAUGGUUAUUCUAAGGAAAGAUUUGUCUGGUCUUUGAUAUCUGCUGUUGGUAUAUUUUGUCUUGGAUCUGGGGCUACAAUUGUUCAUGGAGUUCAAAACUUGUGGACUUCUCAGCCUCCUGAGCAUAUUGAGUAUGCAGCUCUGGUGAUUGGUGGCUCUUUCAUUAUGGAAGGUGCUUCUCUUCUUGUUGCCAUCCAUGCUGUCAGAAAAGGUGCUGCUGCGGAAGGAAUGAAUGUGAGAGACUAUGUCUGGCGUGGUCACGAUCCUACAUCUGUUGCAGUUAUGACAGAGGAUGGUGCUGCUGUUACAGGGCUUGCCAUUGCUGCUGCUUCAUUGGUGGCUGUAAAUACCACUGGAAAUGCAAUUUAUGAUCCAGUUGGUUCAAUUGUAGUGGGCAACCUAUUGGGAAUGGUUGCUAUAUUUCUUAUUCAAAGGAAUCGCCAUGCUUUGAUUGGAAGAGCAAUUGAUGACCAUGAUAUGGAAAAAGUUCUUCACUUUCUGAAAAAUGACCCAGUCGUUGAUGCAGUUUAUGAUUGCAAAAGUGAGGUGAUAGGACCAGGAUUUUUUAGAUUCAAAGCUGAAAUAGAUUUCAAUGGUGUGGUGCUAGUGCAAAACUAUCUAAAACGAACUGGACGUGAAGAGUGGGCUAAACAGUUCCGAGAGGCUGCUAAGCAGGAGGACGAUUCUUCUUUACUCAAGAUCAUGUCAAACUAUGGUGAAGAAGUGGUCACAGCUCUGGGGAGUGAAGUUGAUCGGCUCGAAAAAGAAAUCCAAGAAAUAGUUCCCGGCAUUAAGCACGUGGAUAUUGAAGCGCACAAUCCAAUCAGUCCAUCUCCCCCAUGAUCAUAAUUAUUUUUACAUACAUGUUGUGCAUUUCUCUUAAUAAAUUGAAUUUGUUUAUGUCAGACACGAAUUAAUUCACUCAUAAUAUGUGUAAGGCUUCUUGGUUGACACUUAAAAGGCAGUUAAAUAGGUCUGUAAACUAUGAAUAGUGAGACCUCUCUUGUUAAUAAAUGAGGUCAGAGUAAUAUUUUUUUAAUGCUGUGAUCAUUUUUUGUUU